CAACAAAAUCCGUCCAUACCCAUACUUACAUAUAUCUACAGACUGCACCCACCAACAAUUUAUUCAGGCUACACGAUCUCCAAUUUCUGAGCUACAUAUAUACAGUAGUACUCCAGAUUCUUCUCGAUCGUACGGUUCUUAGAGGUAUGGCCGUUUCAGCUCGAGUCUUCACGCUCUUGCUGCUCGCAGCUGCCGGUUGGGUGCCGGCCAUGGCAGCUAAUGCUCCUGCACCAACCGGGUGGCUGAAGGCGCAUGCCACCUUCUACGGAGGCGCUGAUGCCUCCGACACCAUGGGCGGCGCGUGCGGGUAUGGGAACCUCUACUCCCAGGGCUAUGGUACGCGGACGGCGGCGCUGAGCACGGUCCUCUUCAACGACGGCGCCUCGUGCGGGCAGUGCUACAAGAUCGCUUGUGACCGCAAGAGAGCUGAUCCGAUGUUCUGUAAACCUGGUGUCACGGUGACCGUCACGGCCACAAACUUCUGCCCACCCAACAUGGCGCUGCCCGAGGGGGGUUGGUGCAAUCAGCAUCGCCCGCACUUCGACAUGGCGCAGCCGGCAUUUGAGAAGAUCGGCGUGUACAGCGGCGGUAUUAUCCCCGUCAUGUACAAGAGAGUUCCUUGCGUGAAGCGAGGUGGCGUCAGGUUCAGCGUCAACGGCCAUGACUACUUCAAUCUUGUGCUUGUAACCAAUGUUGCGGCUGCCGGCUCCAUCAAGUCCAUGGAAGUCAAGACGUCCAAUUCAAGUAACUGGUCUCCAAUGGCACGUAACUGGGGUGCAAACUGGCACUCUCUUGCAUAUCUUACAGGGCAGAUGCUCUCAUUUAGGCUCACAGACACGGAUGGGCAAACUAUUGAAUUCACAGAUGUGGUGCCACAAGGAUGGAAGUUUGGCCAAACAUUUGCAUCCAAGUUGCAGUUCAUGUGAUGAUGAGAGCUCCAUCAUCCAGGAUUAUUAUUUAUAGGAGUUUGAUUUAAAGAUGUAUAACUGGUCAAAAUGCAUGAAUAAUGGAGUUGCUUGUAUAUUGUACUUGUACUCAUCAGCCAACGCUAUAUGUAUGGCUUUGUAUCUCUCAUUCUUCCUAUUGUACAGUCCUAUGUUUUAUUUUUUAUGGUGUAUAUAAAUAUGUUCAGUUUAUGUCUUCA